AUGGCGGUCUGCUGUGGUGCAGACAGGAUGGCUACGAAGGUGGGGGAAGCCAAGCCGGUGAUCAUGCAGCGACUGGUGGAGGAGAUACCAGUGGUGGGUCUGAAUGCCUGGUGCUUGGGUACGUGGGGGUCUCUCAAUUUUAUCUCGUCUGCUGCUCCCCCGCUCUUCGUCCACCACCCCUCCGCUCUUCGUCCCUCCACCUGCGGAGCGCACCUCUUGUGCCUCUGCGCCGCUCAGCUACCUCAAGCUCAGCCCAUCGCCGGACCCGAAUUUUAUCGCAUUAUAUCGCGAACCGAACCUGCGCGCUAUCCUGGCUCUGCAGCUUGCCGGACAACGAUGGCCGCAACCCAUGCUGAGCCAAGCCUUUGCCGUUCCAGCCUUGGGGUUUCGGAUGAGAUGUGCAUAGCACGGCCUGCGCAUUUGGCACUGGCGGCCGGGCCCAGGUCGAGGACCACCUCGCGAGGAGAAUUGUUCCAGCGACUUUUGCAGCGAGGAAAAGGAGAGCUUCAGGUGCGGGACUUCGUGUCUCAAGUUGCGAAAAUGUAUUCGACGUGGCAGGCGUGGGACUUCCAGGUUUUGACACGGAUGGAGCCGACGGAACCUGAUGAGUUUUUCGUGAUCGGAUUGGACUCGAGAAACCGUGUUGAUGCAGCCCUUAGCAUGCUCAGUGUGUCGCAUAUGCGUUGUGGAGAAACCAAGGCAGACAAUAUCUCCAAAGUAUGGGCGCUAGAUGCGGGCUGUGUCCCGGGCUAUGGCCCUCCAGCCAUUUGCCAGUCACCGCCGGAUCCCUUUGAGUGCAGCCUCGCCAUGAAGCAACGGAGGCUCUCAUGGUUUGUCCGGGCCCCUUCUCAGGAGAUUGGCGCUCUGCGCGGUUCAAUAAAGCACUUCUCAGAGUUUCAGCUGGCUGCAACGGGUCAGCUUCAUGUUGCAGCUACUUUGAUGCUGACUCUUCGUGAUACAGCAGAAAGGUGCCCGACUUAUGUGAAGCUUGCGGAGGUUUCACCAGUAUCCAAGGCUGCUGCAAACGAAGUGAUCACAGCCCUGCCCAGGGGUUGUCGUGCAGCUCUACCGAAGGCAUGUCGUGCAAAGACACCAUGCAGAGUGAGUGUUGUUGCCGUUACCGUUCGUGCUGCUGGCGCAAGUGGCACUUGGGAUAUUUACAGCCAAAUUGCCAGCCGACUCAAGUCUCUACAGGCGCGCGAUUCAGCUGAUCACUGUCGGCACGACGAUCGCAAGGUUUCGUGUGAACGUCUUGGCGGGUGCCAAGGGCGGCCGGACGGUCGAGGACCACCUCGCGAGGAGAAUUGUUCCAGCGACUUUUGCAGCGAGGAAAAGGAUAGCUUGUGCCACAACCCAUUAGGUGCGGGACUUCGUGGACUGAGGCGUGAAGUGGCGCGCGGGUCUCCCCGCUUGGCUCUCCAUUUGUCUCCCUUCUUGUGGCGGCUUUGCAACGGGGGAAUUCCUAUGCUUUUCAUGCUUCGAGCGAUAUCAUUCGGUGUCCCUUGUGGCCGCAAUGUUUUGACACUGAUGGAGCCGACGGAACCUGAUGAGUUUUUCGUGAUCGGAUUGGACUCGAGAAACCGUGUUGAUGCAGCCCUUAGCAUGCUCAGUGUGUCGCAUAUGCGUUGUGGAGAAACCAAGGCAGACAAUAUCUCCAAAGUAUGGGCGCUAGAUGCGGGCUGUGUCCCGGGCUAUGUUGCCUGGUCACCCCGAAACCCGGCACUGUUUGCAGAAGCCAUAGAAGUGAUGCACAGACAGAGGUAUGAAAAGAAUCCCGCAAAAGUGGCGACUUGGAUUGCUUCCGCGAAAGCGAGCGCGAAGGUCAUGGAUAUCACAUUUCGUGGAAGCAUGGUUUUGCUGUUGGAGAUGUUGCGGUCGCCCAAGGCGAAUCCUGUGGAUGGCGCGGGCUUCCGAAUAGGCUUUGAUUGGAUUGUUCGAACUUGUCCAGUUCCCAGUGGAUGUUUGGCAGAUGGAGGUUUGACCUCGCCUCCCCGAUCCCGCUUGCUCGCGAAGCGCAUUGUUGACAACGAGCUCUUGGUUGAGGCUGCUGCAAACCAAAUCAUGGCAAUCCUGCCCAGGGGUUGUCGUGCAGCUCUACCGAAGGCAUGUCGUGCAAAGACACCAUGCAGAGUGAGUGUUGUUGCCGUUACCGUUUGUGCUGCUGGCGCAAGUGGCACUUGGGAUAUUUACAGCCAAAUUGCCAGCCGACUCAAAUCUCUACAGGCGCGCUAUGCAGCUGAUCACUGUCGGCAUGUCGAUCGCAAGGUUUCGUAUGAACGUCUUGGCGAAGAGCCACACCAAGAGGCCGAGCGGUUCUCGUUGUCCAGGGUGGAAAGCAUGAGCAGAGGAUCAUGA